AUGAGAAAGCUUUCCAAAAAGUUUACCGGACAAAAGUUAAAGCAAAGGGUAGAUACUCUCGAAUUUGGCGAUUCAGUUACUCUGCAAGGUGGAGACAAGUUGCGAGUUGAACCUGACAUUGUUAGGGCAUGGUUUGAUAAUCCUAUAAACAAACUCGUUGAACACGUAAACGACCUCCUUAAAGACCCAAAGAUAAUGUCAGUACCGACCAUCGUGCUGGUUGGUGGUUUCGGAGAAAGCACAUACGUCCAAGAAAGGCUUAGAUCUGACAUUCCAGACAAGCGUCUAAUUGUCCCUGCUGAAGCUGGUCUCGCCGUGCUGAAAGGUGCCGUCAAGUACGGCCACGAUUCUUCCAUUAUAUCGUCUCGGGUAAUGAAAUACACGUUCGGAGUUAGUGUGGACAAUUUUUAUGAUGGCAAAAUUCACAGUAAACACAAGAAAUAUCUGAACAAAGACGGAAAAUGGUGUGCCAAAGACUGCUUUGAUGUGUUUGUUCGUGUUAAAGAGGAGAUUCCUGUUGACCGUCAAAUAACCAAGGGAUACUCUCCUACAGGAUAUCGAACAAUAACACCCAUAUACCGAACGACUGCAGCGAACCCCAUAUACACAACCGACCCCGCCUGUGAACUCGGUGUGUUGAUAACAGAUCUUCCUAAAUAUAUUCCUCUUUCCGAACUUAGUAACGAUACAACGUUCAUGUUUGGUGGAACGGAGCUUGUUGUAAAAAACCGUGUAAGGAAAACGGGAAAAGAGGAGAAUUUGAAACUUCAUUGUCUCAAAUAA